CAACAACAGCUCUGUUCGUUGAAAAAUGUCGGUAAGAAUUCGUUGGUAACGGAAUGUCAAAAAUGUGCUCUUUCGGUGCCUCGCCGAACACGGUUUAGUAAAAAAUUGGUAACAAUUUUAUCUGGCAUUCUGCUCACCGAACAGGACUAAUCAGUAGAAACCUGUCAAUGGGCAUUUGUUUUCAACACAGUAUAAAAUUGAUUCAUAACAAUUGUUUUUUGAUUGACAAUACAAAUAUUACAUUUUUAUAAAUAUGGAAGAAAGCGUCCGAGACUCCAACGGAAACGUUUGCCUUGAUCAAAUUGAAAGGAUAAUGCAGGAACUAGAUUCUACUACUACAGUAUCGCAAAGCUCUACAUACUUUGAACAACCACCAGCAACAGAGUUGGUUCAUAGACCUAUCGUACUUCCAGCUGAAAUUAAGAAAGAGCCGGUUGACAAGGCGAACGAUUCCUCUCAUACAACGGUAACUGUUUUAUCACCGCAUGAAGAUGUCUCAAAUGCAAUGAAUUCAACUGUACUCUUUGAAAGCACUUCUAAUAAUAUAGAAAUGCGAUCUACCAUAGCUGCUGAAUCUGCUGCAAACGUUAUCGCCGCUCAAAUUCUGGAGGUCUCUCCAACUCCACAAAUACUCAUCAAGCAAGAAAGAAUUGAAACAGAUAUCGUAACUCCACCAAAAACUGUCCCUAAAGACAGUUCUACGAGCAGUAUACCCAAAAGGAGUAACGAGGAUGAAAUUCAAACGCCUACAGUUGUGAAUAGAAUAAAAACGGAGCCUUUAGAAGCAGAAGCAAAUGCUACACAAAUAAAUAUGCCGGCAUCUACAAUUUCAGUAGUUAUUAAUCAGGAAUGCGUGGACAGCAGUGAGUCAACUACAACCCCAAGUGCAAUUGUCCCGAGAUCUUCACCUGACAUUGAAAACAAGGGACACGAGCAUGAUGAAACAUUACCUGAUAACUUUUUUGAUGAUCUAAUUCGAGAUGCAGAUAAUAUUACGGCAGCAGCCUUGCAAGCAAAUGCUCCGGGUAGAGCGUCAUUAGAAAAGCAAACUAACGAAGUAGUUCUUAAUAUAAAAAGUGAACCUUCAGAAAAGUGCAGUGAUGGCGAUAAAGACGUCGAAGCUUUCAAUGUGAAACGUGAACCAUUAGAAACUGAUACCGUGCCAGAAGUAGCACCGUCUGCACCGAUACCUGAAAAUUUUUUCGAUGACUUGCUUGUUGAUCAUGUAGCUGAGCACAUAGAAGACGUAGUCAAUCAUGACCUCGAAAUAAAAUACUCUAAACGACUGAAGGAAUUGCAGCAGUUAGAGACUGUAGAACAUCGCUCAAAUAAAGCACAUAAAAAACAUAAAAAAAAGAAGAAAAAAUCGCGUAAACGUUCCCUCGAUGAGACUAUCGAAGAAGGAGAAGUAGUUGAUAAUAUUAAGAAACGCCGAAAACGCUCAUCCAGCAGCCACAGUCCCACUAUACCUUCACGUAUAGCAGUAAAAAAUGAAUUUUCUCUUAGUCCUGCAGCUAUGGAAAUAAUAAAUUUGGAUUCUGAGCCUGAAACUAGUACAUCUGCCGCCAAUCGCGCCUUGUUACAAAAACGAAUUCCUUCGAUACGUAUAAAACCUGAAUUCGCCACAUUCCCACAGCCUGCGGAUGAACCGGAUAUUUGUUUGCCCGUAAGGGAGAAUGAACUAUUCCAGCGACGCAGCAACUUUGAUAGAAACGGUCUUAUUAUGGAUCUGACGUCACCGUUGGGCUUUAAGCGCAUUAAAUUGGAAAAAGAUGUUGAUCGAACAGCAGCAAAUCACACAGAGUUUAUCUCACCCAAGGAUAAAAUGCAAAAUGCAAAACAACGCGCCAUUGCUGCAAUCGAUGAACUCAAUAAAAUGAGCAAAAAAACAACAUUGUCAGCUUUUGUCCACACAACUACCGUACGUAAGCUGCCUAACAGUUGUUCGUAUAUUAAUCAACAAAUUUAUGAUAAUCGUUCGCCGCUACAUAAUGUCAACAAUGUCCAGUACAAAUUCAACUCGCAUGCUUCUCGCUUUAACCUGCACGAAUGGGGCUUAGAACAAAUGUCGACUCAAGCUGCUAAAGUGGCGAAGGUUUUGGGUUUUGAUGCGCAUACACUGAUGAAGAAAUUGCAAACAGUUAAAAUGCCUCCAAAACUAUUAAAGAUAAAGAAAGAACAUAUGGAGCGAGAGUAUAGAAUGAAAGAACCACAAUCCUCAUAUCUCCUUACGGUCGCCACACAAACAGAUGAGGUAACCGUGUUGGACGCAACAUCAAAACACCAAAAAAGCGGCUUUGACAUUGGAGUGCAAACCAUAACGCAGGCUAAUAACAUCGGCACACAAACUAUAGAUCUACCAGCCGCGGGUGGCAAUAGUUACCAAGAUUUACCGCUAGUGCAGAAACUAGGCUCUUUAAAUGAAAAUCAAUUAUUGGCUUUAAGUGAAUUUGCCGACAUCAUGCGUGAGCCACCCCUGCCAAAAGAUGCAAGUUCUAUUGACUUAUAUCGCCAACACCAGCGUAUAAUUGAUCUCUACAAGUGGUCCCAACGACCGUCUGCGCUCGAAUCAACUACACACACUACCACACAGCCAAUUCGGGCAAUAACAGCGUCAUCGGUACGUUCUAAUGAACAAAUUCUACGUGAUCCUAGACAAGAAAGAAUAGUGAGGGUAGCGCAAACGGCAGUUCGUCCCAGUGUUCAAAAUCCACGUGAUCCUCGUCAAGAGAGAAGGAUACCGGAAUCACCACCACCACCACCACCGCCAUCAACGCGUCAAUUACAUGCAGUACAAUCAUCUCAUCUGCAUUUUCCAAAUUCUAAUUUACCACAAGCAAAUGCAAAAGCCGAUUCCGUACCACAAAAAAUUCCAGUCAUAUCUAGUGUACAGUCAUUUCAUCCCGCCUCUCUGCUGCCACCGCCACCUCGUGACGCUCGACAAGAGCUCGGCUCAAAAUAUUUCGGCAGAGGCAGCAUACGUCGGUAAUACAAAACUAUUAACAUUAAAAAGUUAUAAAUCAUAUUAACAAUGCAUAUGUAUAAACAUAUUAGUUUUCUUAAUUACAACCGAUU